CUGCUGCUCCUGUCCUCUGUCACCCAGGGUCCCCAGCUCAGCAAGGCUGAGCGAGGGACUGGCAAGCCACAGUUAUCUCCAUUCUCACCACUUGGAUUUCUUGGGCUGCAGGCAAUGCUGCCCACCAAAUCCUAGGCUGUCCCCCUCUGCUUUAACUCUCUUUGUAACUCUGCUGUCAUGCUGUCCUUUUUUGCUGCUGAGGACAGGCCUGUUUUCAUCUCCCCUCUCUGAUGUCUUUGCUUGCUUGAUGGCUUCACUCAGCCCACUCUUCCCUCAUGCAAGAAGACCAUGCAAGACCUCCAGCAUGGAGCAUGAGAGGAACACCAGCUGAGAGCAUGAGAUGUUCUCCUGGCUGGGGAAAAAUUUGAAAUCUUCAACCUGGAUAUGAAGACUGGGGAUACCCUGAAGCUCAAGGGCAAGAUAUCUGAUGAUGCUGACAACUUCAGCAUCAAUCUCGGCAACAGCUCCUCGGAUCUGGGAUUUCACUUCAAUCCCCGCUUCAAUGAGUCUGUCAUUGUCUGCAACUCCAAGUGCUCCAAAGCCUGGCAGGCGGAGCAGCGUGAUAACCACUUCUGUUUCUCCAAGGGCUCCAUUGUCAAGAUCAUCGUUGAAAUGAUGGCAGACAAAUUCCGAGUGAAACUACCAGAUGGGCAUGAAGUGGAAUUCCCCAACCGGCACUCCUACAGCAAGAUCAGCUACUUGAGUGUCAAUGGAGACUUCAGGGUCACCUCCUUCAAGCUGGAGUAAUGGGUGCAGCUUCUUAGCUCUAAUAAAAACUCAAGCAGUGGGAGACUGCUUGCUCCAGCUGCUUUGGCUUCUGUGAGA